AUGGCUUCUCUUAUCCCUAUCAGCACAUACAACUUGGCCCUUGUGCCAUUUAACCCGGUUCCUGCCGUGGAAGACGAUUUCCCAAUCACCGUCAGAAUCACCAUGGCCGCCGUGGACCCAGAGGCAACUGAUGACAAGGAAGAGCCUUCCACCGUGAGAAUCUUGAAGAGAGCUAGACCAUUCAUUGACGACGAGGACUUGGAUGAGUUGGAGGCCGAGGAAGGUGAUGAUGAGGAGGAUGAAUUGGACAGCGAAGAGGAGGAGGAGGUCGAGGAGCCUAAGAAGUCCAAGAAGUCUAAGAAGGUUGAGGAAGACGACGAAGAUGAGGAGGAUGAGGAAGAUGACGAGGACGACAGCGACAUUGAGGACGACGAGGAGAUCGAGGAAUUUGUUCUCUGUACUCUCUCUCCAAAGGUGCAAUUCCAGCAGUCUCUUGACUUCACCAUUUCUCCAAACGAAGAGGUUCACUUCGUGGUCACUGGUUCUUACCCAGUUCACUUGACCGGUAACUACGUCGAACACCCAGCUGACGACGAAGACGACUUCGACUCUGAUGAGGAUGAGUACUACGAGGAUGAUGAGGACGAGUACAACUUGACUCCAGAUGAGGAUGAGCUCAUUGACAUCGAGGAUUUGGAGGAUGCUUCUGACAUCGAGAGCAAGAUCACCGAGUUGGUCGAGGAGGAGAUCAAGCGUAAGAGAAGUGCCGAGGACUCCAGCGACAACAAGAAGAACAAGAAGGCCAAGGACAACAAGAAGGAAGAGAAGAAGGAGGAGAAGAAGGUGAAGUUCACCAAGGAAUUGGAACAGGGCCCUACUCCAUCCAAGAAGGACAAGAAGGAGAAGAAGAAGGAGGAGAAGAAGGAAAAGAAGGAAGAGAAGACCGAGAAGAAGGAGGAGAAGUCUGACAAGAAGGACAAGAAGUUCCCAACCAACACUUUGUUGGGUGGUGUGGUCACCGAGGACAGAAAGGUUGGAUCGGGUGCUGGAGCCAAGUCUGGUAACAAGGUCGGUAUCAGAUACAUCGGUAAGUUGAAGAACGGUAAGGUCUUUGACAAGAACACCUCCGGUAAGCCAUUUGUGUUCAACUUGGGCAAGGGUGAGUGCAUCAAGGGAUUUGACUUGGGUGUUGCCGGUAUGGCUGUUGGAGGAGAGAGAAGAGUUGUUAUUCCAGCCAAGAUGGGUUACGGCUCGCAGGCUUUGCCAGGUAUUCCAGCUAACUCUGAGUUGACUUUUGACAUUAAGUUGGUCUCUCUUAAAUAA